AAGUUGCCGUGCCCUGGGCGUUCCCGCGGGCGGCGGGGAAGGUGGCGGCGGCAUCAAGAUGGCGGUGGCGGGCAAGGGAGUGGUGUCGGCCGCCGUGAAGCCGAUCUUCAGCCGGGACCUGGGCGAGGCGAAGCGGCGCGUCAGGGAGCUGUACCGGGCCUGGUACCGCGAGGUGCCCAACACGGUGCACCUGUACCAGCUGGACAUCACGGUGAAACAGGGGCGGAACAAGGUGCGGGAGAUGUUCAUGAAGAAUGCCCACGUUACGGAUCCACGCGUGAUAGACAUGCUGGUUAUUAAGGGAAAAAUGGAGCUUCAAGAAACCAUUCAUGUCUGGAAGCAGAGGACUCACGUCAUGAGGUACUUCCACGAGACAGAAACCCCGCAACCUAAAGACUUUCUGUCAAAAUUCUAUGCGGGCCACAAUCCCUGAGAAACUGACUCUGUGUCUUCCUGCCUUACAUUACAAAUAAAGUUCUAUACAAUAUAAAAAAAAUCCAUACCAAGAGAUUCUCUAGCAUCUUAGGAGCCUAAUGACUAGGUGAAUCCAGAGCAUGUGCAAGUGGUAAUCUGUUUGAAGAGCUGUAAUUUCCUAGUUUUGCCAGUGUGUAUUUUCAGUGGAUGGCAUUUAUCCCAUCACUUGCCCUGGGGUAUCUGCUGAAUAACCACAGCACAGCCUGUCUGUGGGUCUUUGUGCUUAGCCUGCAGCCCCAUCUGUAGAUGUUAGCUCUGUGAGGAAAAGGGUAGCCCUUCAGAAAAGCCACUGCACUGACAGAAAUAUUCUUGUGCUUGAGGGACAUGUGUAUUCAUGCAGUGUCUUGCAGUUUCAUCCUAUGACUUUGUUGGCCUUGUGUUUUUUAUUAGACAUUAGUCUCCUUCAUUUCUCACAGAGAAAAUAUAAAAUCCAGUAGGCAAAUAAUUCUUUGUGCAUUAAAACAUCAGCAGAGUCCAUUUCUCUGCUGUAAAAUGAAAUUACCUGGAAAAAGGGAGUAUGUACUGUUUUCUAGAAUAGGAGGGCUCCGUAAGAGCUUCUGAAGCCUAGCAGGAGAUGGUGUCCUACCAUCACCUCAUCCACUGAAUCAGGAAUUACUAGUUCCCUUUUGAGAGGGAUAAGGACAAUUUAUUCUUUCACAAGAGAACAGGUUUUCAGCAAGUAACUCGGUGCUGGAGCUCUUUGAGAUGUGACCAGCACUGAAUGUUUGUAGUAUGCUCAAGCUUCUUUUUUUCCUAUAUAAAUAAAUAAACAUCUUUUUAUCCUCUAA